ACAAACCAUAUGUGUAGCCAUAUGCAUACUAUAGAGAAUAAUUGUUCGUUCAUCAAAAAAUGUAGGGAGUCAUAUUUUUUGUCAUGGUGUGUUAAGAAAAUAUAUAUCCGUGUCAAGUCAGAAGGAAAUAUGGUUGAUUCUACGCCAUGAAUGAUAAAGCAAAAAAUAUCAAAUUGUUUGUAGGAAAUCUGCCAUACGAGAUCACCGAAAUCGAAUUGCGAAAUAUACUUCAAGGUUGUGGUAACAUAAGAUUCGCCAUUAUACGAAAGGACAGGCAAACGAAUAAAAGUAAAGGGUAUGCUCAUGUGGAAUAUCGCUAUGACUGGGAGGCAGUUGCGGCCUUCAAGCGUCUUUUAGGGAAGGAGAUUCAUGGUAGGAUACUUAAAGUUGAUUUUUGUGAUGAAGUUCUUCGAAAGCGAUACUCCGAAUUGGUAACUGCUGCUGCCAACAUCCAAAAACCUGUAACUGUCUCUAGUGUACUACCUUCCGUCCUUUCCUCGGAAGGAAAUGGCAGCAUCAAUACCCAUGCUGAUCAGAAUGUGGCCGAACUUAUUGACGGUAAUCGCAUUUCUUUUAAUUCACCGGAAUACCUAUCCACUUUACUGCAAAAUGCAUCUCAAAAACGACUCAGACCCGAUGAUAUUAUGGUGGAUUCUAAUGGUCGUAUGUUCAACGAGGAAUUAUUUUCUAUUAUCAGUAACAUGAAUAUGCUACAUGUUGCAGAACUAAUAAAUUUUAUUGAUGAACGAAUGAUGGAGUCCACCGUUAACAGUCGUCAUGUGAUUCGAUCUCAUUCAAAUUUUGAUUCGGUUCUCACACAUGCUAAGCUAUUACUGAAUGUGAAUAUGAUAAACUCAGGUAUGUCAACGAAUAUGAGGUUUUCCCGCAAUGAUAAUUUGUCAAGCAUAUUGAAGUAUUAUAUAUUGGGGCUAAAAAUGAACAUGUGAUGAUAAUUACUGUUUUCCCUGACACUUUGAGCAACUUCGCAUCAUAUGUUACUUGAAGUUGGUCUCUACUUGGCAGCGUUAUCCUCCACUCAAUCGCAUUAACAUGGGUAGCAUACCAAUCAACUACAAAUUCCAUAAUAUUUUUGGAGGGUCAGAUGAGCAUUACCUCAUCGUAUUAUAUUGUGCGUUACUUUUUAGGUGGUAGG